CUGCAAGUUACAGGGCCCCUACAGCUUUCAGCCCCAGCCAAGCUGCAAGGCAAUCCGCAGAAGUAUCUUGCUACUGGCCCAUCCCACUCCUGUAGGGCUUCGCGCGCCGAACGAACAUUGGCUAAUGCCGAAGCAUGCGAUAACCCAUAUAUGUGUGCGAAGCGAAGGAGUGCAUAUGUUGGUAUUUCCCACUUACUUCGAUUGGACCGUGAUGGUAAACAGAAUCCUCGAGUGACGUAUCAGCGCUUCCGUCGCUACAACGUACAUUGAUACAAUGAUCUUUAGGCAAGGCAGAAUCUCUAGUUUUUCCCCGCAGCUACAUUGUCGAAGUGUUGCGGAAGGACGCACAAUUCUUGAUGCCUGCUCGUCCAUACACCGGCCAAGCACAAUGACAGCUCAAUCCAUGCAAUUACUAGACUUAGGAGAAGACACCGUGGAUUCGCUCAGCGUCCAGACAAUGUUGAGUGCCUCGCAUAUGCCGUCGAACGCGACGUCUUGCGGAAUACUGAUCGAUCAAUCACUGCCGAUCAGUCAAUCAUGUCAAGAGACAGUUGCCAGCCCAGCGAUCAACGAAGACCAAGGUUACACCACAGUCACGAUCAUGCCAUCACAGGCUGAACAUCGAGCGAUCAAGCCAUAUGAAGAGCUACCGGCCAGUCUGGAUGCCGUUUCCGUCAAGCUGCACCUCCGGAGAAGCCGACGGAUAAUGUUGCAGCAACAGCGACCGCGCCUUUGGAGGCGGCCUCGUAGCCACAUUUACUCCUUAAAGGAAGAUCAUGAAGCAGAGAAGGAGGCCGAGACAGCUGCGCUGCUUAUACCGAGGGUUGAGAGUUCCGUGCUUCCGGAAUGACAGCGCAUGACGUCGAUUGAGACAUUUGGCUUUAGGGGAGCUAGAACGGCCAGUGACCUCGAGUAGGUGGCGCUGUGUCCGCGCAUAAGCCGAUUAUGACAAUCCUAGACUGACUCCGGUAAUACUACAAGGCCGCACGCGGUCG